AUGCCUCACGAGAAGUACGACAUUGUGAUAGUUGGCGCGGGACCAGUUGGUCUCCUCCUAUCGACAUGCCUAGCAAGAUGGGGGUACAAGAUCAAGCACAUCGACAUGCGACCCGAGCCUACCCUCACAGGACGAGCAGACGGUAUUCAGCCCCGAUCGUUAGACCUUCUACGGAACAUGGGCCUGAAGCGCGCGAUCAUGGCUAACGAACCUGCAAAGGUCUACGAGGUGGCAUUCUGGGAUCCAUCAGAAGCUGGGAAAGGCAUUCACAGGACAGGGACUUGGGCAUCGUGUCCGAAAUUCAUUGAUGCGAGAUACCCGUUCACAACUCUGCUACACCAGGGUUUGAUCGAGCGCGUCUUCAUCGCCGACAUCGAGAAGCACAACACACGGAUACAACGGCCUUGGAAGAUCACAGGGUUCCAGAACGAUGGCAAGGAUCCGGAGUACCCAGUCGAGGUCAGCAUCGGACAUGUCGAUGGUGACGAGACGGAGACUGUACGAGCGAAGUAUUUGUUCAGUGGAGAGGGCGCAAGAAGUUUUGUCAGAGAACAGUUAUGUGUGGGGAUCACACACAAAGACCCGAUCGCAUAUGUUUGGGGUGUCAUGGAUGGUGUUGUUCGGACAAACUUCCCAGACAUCAAGAUGAAGUGCACGAUCCACUCCGAUGCUGGCUCCAUCAUGGUUAUUCCUCGCGAGGACAACAUGGUCCGCUUAUACAUCCAGAUCGCUUCCUCAGAAGAUCCAGACUUCAACCCAAGGAAAUCAGCGACCACAGAAGAAGUACAGGCGUUCGCGAAGAAAAUCCUGAAGCCUUACUGGAUCGAAUGGGACCGUGUCGAGUGGUAUUCGGUCUACCCUAUCGGCCAAGGCAUCGCAGAUCGCUACACACUUGACGAAAGAGUAUUCAUGGGCGGAGACUGCUGUCAUACCCACUCUCCCAAAGCUGGUCAAGGCAUGAACACUGCCUUCCUCGAUGCCCAGAACCUUGCUUGGAAGAUUCAUCACGUAGAAUCUGGCUUCGCUGACCGUUCUAUCCUGAAAUCCUACGAGACCGAACGCAAGUUCGUCGCCGAGAACCUCCUAAACUUCGAUUCGGAAUACGCGAAACUCUUUUCACAACGGCAGCCUUCCGCUGGCGAGGUGAGAGCCGCAGGCAAGCAGGCUGGCCAUAGCGAAAGCGAGGAGAACCCGUUUAUCAAGAAGUUCAAGGAAUCCUGCGAGUUCACUUCCGGAUACGGCGUGCGCUACCUCGAGAACGUCUUCAACUGGUCAGACUCCCACCCAGCACAGCACGAUCUCUUCCUGUCGGAAUCCAAAGGCACCACAAAGCUACAAACAGGCAGAAUCCUCACACCUGCCACGGUAACGCGCGUCUCAGACGCAAACGUCGUCCACCUCGAACAAGAAAUCCCCCUAAACGGCUCCUACAGACUCUACCUCUUCGGCGGCAAACCCCAAAAGACAAAAUCCGCCAUCUCAGACUUCGCCAAGAACCUCCAAAAGAAGACCUCCUUCUACUCCAUCUACGCCCGCAGCGACAUCGACUCCGUCGACUACCACGAACGCCACAACCCUCACUCCCACUUCUUCACCGUCAACACCAUCUUCAACGCCCCGCGGCCAGAAAUUGAGAUCCAGGAUCUGCUCCCGGAGGUGCUAGCGCGGUACCAGGAUCACGUAUAUGCGGAUGAUGUGUGGGAUCAGAGAGUUCCUGACGCGCAAGCGGCGGCGCAUGCGAAGAUGGGGUUGAGUGAGGAGGAGGGAGGCGUGGUGGUUGUGAGGCCGGAUGGGUAUGUGGCUUGUGUGGUGAAGUUGGUGGAGGGGAGUGGGACUGUCGAUGCGUUGAAUGCGUAUUUUGGGACGUUUACGGUGAGGAAGGUAGGUGGGGAGAGGGCGGUUUUGUGA